AUGUCGAUACGGGUGGCCUUGGACAACCCGCCCGAGUUUUACACCAACCUCGACAUCAUCCGCGGCCAGGUCUUGCUCUCGCUGAGCCGCCAGGAGCACAUCGGCGCCGUCGUCGUCAAGCUCGAGGGAGAGUCUAGGACCGCUCUCAGCUCCCCCGCCGAUGGCUCCAGGGCUGGUGUCGCCUACCAACAGCGUGACCAGGCCCCCACCGGCGGGGACACCCUCUACGAGAACCACAAGAUCCUCUACAAGGUUGCCCAGGUCUUCCCCCAGGAGAACGCUGCCCCCAUAACCCCUCCCAUAGUCCUUGCCGCCGGCCAGCAUGUCUUCAGCUUCCACUUCAAGUUCCCCUUCAACAAUGUGUGUGGCGACCCUGCCACCAUGGCCAGAAUAGGAGGCAUCGCCGGCUCCGGCCUCUUUGGCCUGGGCGGCGUCCGCGUCAUGGACGGCGGCAGGCAGCUUCUCUACUCGCACGUCACAAAGACGCUGCCCCCAAGCUUCACUGGUUUCCCCGGCGAGGCCGAGAUCCGCUACUACAUCAAGGUCACCAUCCAGCGCCCCGGCUUGUUCAAGGAGAACUGGCGAUACCACACCGGACUCAAGUUCCUGCCCAUCGAGCCUCCAAGACCCCAAAGGUCGAAUCGAGAGGCAUACGCCCGCCGCCCAUACACCUUCCGCCCUCGCAGCCCCAGCACUGCCUCUCCCCAGUCAAGGAAGCGUUCUUCCAUCUUUCCCGGCUUUGGCAACGGGCCAGGAAGGCCCCAGACACCCAAUACCGGAGGAGGAGGGUUCGACUCCCUAGCACCCCCCAGUCCCGAUGCCCAGGAUCUGUCAACAGCCGCCCCCUCUAUUGAGAUGUCUGCUCGACUACCUCACCCGGCAAUCCUCACCUGCCUCCAAUCCAUCCCACUCCGUUUGAUUGCCAAGAAGCUGGUCCCUGCCAGCGCCGAGGUGUUUCUCGUCGCCAUCCAGAUUGACUUGAUUGGCAAGACGCUCGUCCGAUGCCAGAACUUGGCAAACACAGAGACUACGCGCUGGAGUAUUGUCACGCGUUUAGGCUUGUCGAUCCCCUUGUCUCAGCCAGACGAUGCUGUCGGAACCGAAGUUGUCGUGUCCGACGCCCUGUGGCGUGACGCCCCCCUUCCCAACACUGUGAUGCCCAGCUUCAGGACAUGUAACCUCGGUCGUGACUACCAAAUCGAAGUCAAGCUCGGCUUGUCAUGGGGCAAGCCCCUACACCAUCCCAGCUCCCGUAGCAACCGGGGCAAGGGCAGACUUGACUCGUCCGAGAUCCCCCAGGAAAUCCACCUGCCGCUAAACUUUAGCGCCGUGGAGGUGUACUCGGGCAUGGCGCCUCCGCCGGAGUUGGUCGAGGCGAUGCGGCAGGGCCGGGGGAGGAAGCCGGUAACGCCUAGACCGCAACGGCCAGCUGCUUCUCCCGUGUCGCCACAGCAGCAGCAACAAUCGCCAGCACCAAACCUACCACCGCGCCCCAACGUCGCCCAGCAGCAGGAGAUGGACCCGCUCUACCUAUCGCAGCUCUCACCCGGGCAAGUGGCUCCGCCGUACGACGACGCCCCGCCCAGCUACGACGAGGCCAUGGCAGAGGAGAUGACGGGACCCAUGUUUCCCACCCAGGCGCGGCCGGCCUUCAGCGGCCAGACUGACGAGAACUCGCCGGGCACACUGCCCGAGAAGAACUGA